GUCCCCCUGCCUGUCCCCAUGUCCGUCCCGUCCCUGAUUGUCCCCAUGUCUGUCCCAUUCCUGACUGUCCAUGUGUCUGCCGUGUCCCCACCUGUCCCCGUGUCUGUCCCACCCCUGACUGUCACCAUGUCUGUCCCUUCCCUGCCCGUCCCCGUGUCUGUCCCGUCCCCGCCUGUCCCCACUGUCCCUCCCACACCGCCUGUCCCCGCCUGCUGCCACCUCGCCCAAGUUCAAGGUUCAAACUCCACAGGGCUCUGGCUGGGAGGUGACAGGGACACGUGGGGGCCGGGUAGCCCCUCGCUGGUGGCACUGACCACCAGGCACAGCCGCACCGGUGGGCACCAGCUCCCAGGUACUGGCACCGCUGGGCACCUGCUGUCCCCCUGCUCCGGGCACUGUCACCUGUCAUGUCGAGCCCCUCGGAUGUGGAGAGCAGCCCGCGCCCGCUGCCGGUCCCCAUUGUCCCCGGGGGGAAGGAUGCGGAGCCCGAGGAGGAGAAGGUCUGCGCCGUGUGCGGGGACCGUGCCAAUGGCUACCACUUCCAUGUCAUGACCUGCGAGGGCUGCAAAGGCUUCUUCAGGCGCUCCAUCAACAAGGGCGUCCGCUUCACCUGCCCCUUCUCCCGGAGCUGCCCCAUCACCAAGGCCAAGCGGCGGCAGUGCCAGGCCUGUCGCCUCCAGAAGUGCCUGGACGUGGGCAUGCGGAAGGACAUGAUCAUGUCCGAGGAGGCUUUGCGGCUGCGGCGGGCGCUGCGGGGCCAGCGGCGGCGAGAGCAGCCGGGGGAGGUGACAGCGGAGGUGACAGCGGAGGUGACAGUGGAGGUGACAGCGGAGCAGCAGGAGCUCAUCGCCAUGCUCAUGGCAGCCCACCAGCGCACCUUCGACCCCAGCUUCUCCCAGUUUACGCAUUACUGGCCCGCCGUGCGCCUCUACGUGCCCAGCUCGCAGCCGCAGAGCCCGACGCAGCCGGGUGUCCCCACCGAGUGGCCGCUGUCCCCGCGGGUGGCCUGUCCAGACGAGGAUGUGCUGCCCGACGUCUUCUCCAUGCUGCCCCACUUCGCCGACCUCAGCACCUUCAUGAUCCGGCAGGUCAUCAACUUCGCCAAGGAGAUCCCGGUGUUCAGGGGUUUGCCCAUCGAGGACCAGAUCUCGCUGCUGAAAGGGUCCAGCCUGGAGAUCUCGCAAAUCCAGUUCAACACGGUGUUCAACACCGAGAGCAAGACCUGGGACUGCGGGCCGCACUGCUACACCAUCAAGGACGCGAUGCUGGUCGGCUUUGAGCAGCACUACCUGGAGGCAAUGCUCAAGUUCCACAUCAGCCUGAAGAAGCUGCAGCUGCACGAGGUGGAGUACGUGCUGGUCGAGGCCAUGCUGCUCUUCUCGCCAGGUGUGCACCGCGGGGGCCGCAGUGGGGGUGUCCCCUUGGCCACGCUGACCGUCACCCCCCCGCUGUCCCCAGACCACGCCGGCAUCACCCAGCGGGACAUCGUCGACCAGUUCCAGGAGAAGAUGGCACUGACGCUCAAGAGCUACAUGGACCAGCAGCACCCCAUGCCCGAGGGCCGGUUUGUCUACGCGAAGCUGCUGCUGCUGCUGACGGAGCUGCAGACGCUGAAGGUGGACAGCUUGCGGCAGAUGCUGCACAUCGGCGACCUGUCCUCCAUGACGCCGCUGCUCUCCGAGAUCAUCAGCUAACGAGCCCCCCCCGGUUGCCACCGCACACCACGGGGACAAGUAAAGCUCCUUUAUUUUUCCAGGCUCCGCGGGUCCCUGUGCCGCGGGAGGGAGCGGAGGGACGUGGCACUGGGGCCCCCAGACCCACGCAGCGUCCACUCCUCAUCCCUGGGGU